CACGGCGAAGGCGUUCGCUUUGACUCUUUUUGAACCCGUGCAGCGCCCGUCGCCGCUGCCUGAACGGUUACCCGCGAAAAGCCAAAGUUUCCUAGAGCGCCUUCCUUCGUUCCCAAAGAAAGCCGAGUUGGGCGAGAGGUUCGCGGCAGCAUCAUCCGAGAUGCCGGUAAUGACCUAAAUGUACAACAGUGAUAAACACAGGAAUCUCUGCGCUGAAGGCCACGUUUCAGAAAGUCCCUGGAUUUGAAAAAAAGUCCAUUUAAUCUAGCGCUCUGCAUCUUGCAGCCGUCAGCCAAAUGCCUUCUGGAGGCUCACCACUAGCAGGGCAUGAGGGCCAUCCGUCUGUCCCUCUCUCCCCAACUCCCAGCAACAGAAAGAUGUGUUCUCUUGCACUCUUUCCACUUCCACCUCCUCCAGGAGACAUCACCCUUUAUGAAUUCAACAAUGCCUUAGUUUUUGGGCGGAGCUAUGAGAAGCUUCCACUUACUUUCCAAGGUCAGAUGGAAAGUCUUCCCACCCCCACUAUUCCCAAAGAAAACCUGAAAGCUUUCAGUCGCCUGGAACACAGCACCAAGCCGGCCUUCAUUCAUCACCGGGAGUCCCUCUGGAAGAGGUGCAUCGGAGCCUGGCGUGACAUCGGAGUGGCUGGUGUGCUUGAAGAACUCGCAAACGCAGAAGAGGAACAGGAUUCGGACCAGGGAACCAAUAAUCAGUCUUGGGUGGAAUCUUCAAAGGAGCUAGUUCUGCAAUGGAUGAAAUCUGGAUCUCGAUAUGCAUUACGACUCUGCUGUUGGAUAUCCUCCCUCCAUGGCUCCUUCUUUCCCCAUUUGUCGCUGCCAAGUGAAGAUAUAAUAGCAAAAUUCUCCCAGGCUGUGGAUUGGGCAGGCUGCUCAAUCCGAGCUUUUGCAUGGCAUCCUCAUACCAACAAAUUUGCAGUGGCUCUUCUGGAUGACUCCAUCCAUGUUUACAAUACCAACAGUACUAUAGUCCCAAUCCUGAAGCAUCGUUUGCAAAGAAAUGUAGCUUUGAUGGCCUGGAAGCCACUGUGUGCGUCUAUCCUUGCUGUGGGGUGCCAUAGCUGUGUGUUGAUUUGGCACUUGGAUCCCACUUCCCUUUCUACCAGGCCUUCCUCUGGCUGUGCUCAAGUGCUCAGCCACCCUGGCCACAGUCCCAUCACCAGCCUGGCCUGGGCUCCCAGUGGAGGAUUGCUUCUAUCAGCCUCACCUGUUGAUACAUCCAUGCUUGUAUGGGAUGUUUCCACAGAAAACUGUAUCCAGUUGCAGUGGUUUGGAGGAGGCGGGGUCACGUACCUGGCUUGGUCACCUGAUGGCAGCAAGGUGCUAGCGGCAACACCUUCAGCAGUUUUCAGAGUGUGGGAGGUUCAGAUGUGGACUUACGAGAAAUGGCCAACUAUCAAAGGUCCUUGUCGGACUGGUUGCUGGAGUCCAGAUGGCAGUCGUUUGCUGUUCACCGUCCAGGGGGAAUUUGUGAUCUAUUCCUUAUCUUUCUUGGAAUACAGUGGAGAGCAGCAAAGACAGGUCGGUGGGUCUAAAACAGCUUCCAUUGUGGCAGAUCUUUCAGAGACUACGUUCGAGACUCCCUACGGGGAGGAGAGGAUUGGAGGGGAGGUGCAGUCCAUGGUUUGGGAUCCAAGCGGGGAGAGGCUUGCGGUGGUCAUUCAAGGAAAUUUGGAUGUCUCCAAGACUAUCAUUGCAGUGUUUCGGACUCGCAAUAAUCCUGUGUUUGAACUUCUGCCCUGUGGUUUCGUACAGGGUGAAGAUGGGGUUCAACCACAGCUGGUCACUUUUCAUCCUUCCUUUAAGAAGGGAGCCCUUCUGACAGUGUGCUGGUCAAACGGAAGCAUCAGUCACGUUCCUUUCUUCUUUGUGACCGCUCAAUUUCCUUCGUUUAGUUCUGGGCAGCGAAGUCCUCCCAUGUCCUUGGGCAGCUGGAGCAACACCCGGGAGCAGCCGCUGUUUUCCGAACUCUGAAGUCUCAACUCUCCUAGGACUUUGCUCUGAAGGGCUCCCAACUUCUUUCUCCGUCAGCCUGGGGAGAUCCGGGACUGAUUUUAGAUUUGAUUUUUGUACGAGUGUCUUUCUUCCAUGAGCUGCGCAUGGAUUAGAUGGUCUGCGGUAGACCCUGGACCUAAGGAAUGCCUGCCUGCUUUUCCUGAAAUGGACAAUGUUGCAGUUGUAUUUAGGGCUGAAAAUUAAACACAUCAGUUCAGGAUCCUGUUUUUGCCUACUUCUCCCUGAGAGUCUAAUAAUCCUCUCUACAAGCUUGUUUUGUCUAAUUGAGAGAUUAACUGUAAUUUUCCUGAGCAUGAUUUUCGCUUGCUGCCUGAUGUGGGCUUUCCCCAAGGUUUUGUGUUGCUCUGAGGAUUUGUCAACUUUAUUUCUUGGAGGUAUAAAAGACAAUUUGCUGCCCUUGAAAUAUUUUGAACUAUGACUCUCACAAAUUUUGCCAUUCAUCAUGAUGGUUCCAUUGAUUGAAGGGGUGGUUAAAAUUGGAUAGAUGCCAAGUUGUCCACCACUGUUUGGCUGGGGCACUCAUUGCAGUAAGUUGUGUGUUUACUCAGUGUUGGUUUGGCCAGUUGCAUGAACCCCAUGCACUGUGGUGUGUAAACCAUAGUUUAUGACUCGGUAUCAUGUGUCUUUCUGUGGGUUAACACAAGAUGUAAACCAGAUGAGUAAAAUUAGCUAUUGGUUUAGGGCAAUGAGGGAACAGGCAUUUUAAUGAAUCAGAACAGAGUAAGAUACUCAUCCCCAAACUUGAAUCUGGUCAGUCCCAUUGAAAUGUUACAGCAGAGUGUAUUGUGGAGUGAGGGUGUUUGAGUAACUUCAUGAAAAUUUUAACAUGUAUUUGAAAAUGAAAUUGGAAUGUGUACCUCCCGUAUACCCAAAUGGACAUAUGUAAGAUAUUUGUGUGCGCAAGAGAAAUUUUAAUUUUCCUGACAAAGCAAGCAUUGGUGGAGUUUCAUCCCCUCAUAUUUAGGCUCUUGGUUCCCUCUUUCAUUAAAAAAAAAAAGGUUGUAAAAAGAAUUGAUUAAGUUGGAAGUUUGCUGGUGACUUACUCUGAGCUGUUAAAAUGUUGAGCGAAGGAUUUCUUAGAUCCAAUUCCUGCACCAUGACAUGUUUCUUGAUAGUGAAGAUUACAUACAAGUGUUAGUGAGGAGAAUGAAUGUUAAGUUUCAAAAGAUACAUCUCCGAACCAUUGUUUUAUAUGGGCAUCAGGAUGGAGAUGGGAUGAAUUCUUAAGAAUACUUCUCUCUCCUUUAUUAUUAUUAUUAUUAUUUUUAAAUCACUGUAUACUGGUAAAGGUUUUUUUUGUCUUCAGCUUUGGGAGUUGCUGCAAAGAGUUCCUACUAGGGAUAAUCGUAAACUGAUCUUCAGAAAGAGAAGUGCUUUUAAAAUAAGCAACAGCCACAACGUUCGGCUGCCUUAUUUGGCUCCCAGCCACCAGCACUUCCAUCUCUAUCACUGAUCCUCUUAUAUUUGGACUUGGGUUUGCAACCCCUCCUAUCUGGACUGAGCAGCUGAGGGUUGCCCAAAGGGAGGUUCUACGUGACUGCGGAGGGAGAUUCCAAGUGCAUCACAGAUUGUAUUUCCCUCUUGCACAACUUGGGGUGAGUCUCCAGCCCACCAUGUUGUACACCUUGGUGUGCCUAUGAACUGAACAGCAUUUACUCUGAGCUGCUGACCGAUCUUUGGAAGAAGGAAGAGGAAACACACACACCCCGAACCCUCAAUUUUUUCAGAUCACUAAACCCAUGUCCAGAAGAAGACUCAUCUAAGAGCUGGAUCACGCUGUGCCGUGUAGGAGGUAUUUCGCUUCCCUGUUGACUGCUAGGCUGAUUCCUGGCUUGUCUGGCUGUCCUUAUGUUUGUGAUACCCUUAAUAAAGUUUUUUAUUUUUUCAUUUUCA